UACACAAUCACACACGCACAUGUGUGCGUCAAACAGGCGCUACAGACCUGUCCGAACGCGCGCACACCCCCUCGUCAUAUAAUCUAUAGCGUUCAGGGUUAUUGCACUCGACCAAUCAUUGGUAAGAUGGAAAAAGAUUAUUGGACCAUUGACUUUUACGCAUCCAAGAAGACGCCGGUGAGGACAGUAAGAAGAGUGAGACUUUGGGCUGAGGGCUACAUCAAUACGCGUUAGAAGAUUCUUGGUGUCACCAGCGGAGCGCGCUGAGCCGAUACCCACGGAGAGCCGCGCGUCAUUGGGCGCUCACACUAGAACUUCAUUCACCGACGAGAUCUCGACGUAUUCGACGGGUCUCACCUCUUUAGAUGUUCCUGCUCGCGGGGUGACUCACUUGUAGCUGUCCUCCGUGCGCUGCGUAAUUCUACGGCUUGGCGCGGAGCGCAGCAUCAUUCGCGUGGAUUUUCAUCGCGUCAUUGGAUUGCUUUUUGCCGGAGUUCAGUUGAACUGUAUUGAGUAUCUGCUGGGAUGUAGCUUUUGAUGAAUACCUCGUCUGUGACAAGUUCAUACGCGUUUGAAAAGGAACUACGACUGUCUGUCAUCUAACUAUACAAGGGAUUUGACUCACAUUUGGCGCAUUUUCAUCCACUUUCCUUAAAAAAGAAACUUGGAGGAUUUUGUCCUUUUUUUCGCCCUUUCCAGAUGAUGCCGAUGGUCUUGGAUAGGAUUGAUAUACGAAUAUUUGCGUUUGCCAACGCACGAGGCUCCUCUCUCAAGGCAUUCCGUAGGACAUAAUCACAUUUCAAGGAAAUAAGCAUCUUGAAAUCCGCACUGGGCUGUGAGUAGAAAUCUAAUCAGAUCGGGUGCGUAAAGGAGGAAGAAAAGUUCCGUUUUAAACCAUGACUGUGGAAUAAGAACAUCAGCGGGCUGCGUUUAUGGUCUGUUGAAGACUGGGAUGAAGAAGAAGAUGCAGGGAAUGGUCCACCUCAGGGAUAAAACCCAUCUAGAUGCAUACUGGCUGAAUGUGAAACCCCAAAUCUGCCAAGAAUGACACGCAAAACCGGGGAGACGACGAUUUAAUUGAUUUAUCAGCAGGAAAAAAAGACUUGCUACACCGGAUUUUUGAUGAUGCGGGGCAAGAAAGCAUCGAGAUAUCUGCUCUAGAGGCACUCGUCCAUAUGAUGGCAUUGACAGGAAAAGCGAAUGGAUAUACAGGAGCGAAUUUCUUCUCAUUGAAAGCUUGUGAAUAGCUUGGAUAGCCCAAAGUACACGCUGAAGAACAUUUCAUUCGCUGCGCGCUUCGUUGCUUGAGAAUUGCGGAUGGAUUUUCCUGUUUUGGAAGGGAACGGAACCCUCAUUUUGCCUGCGAUUUGAACCUCACAGAUUGAGAAACUGUUUGGACUUUCAUUCUGACGGCACCCAUCCACUGCAGAGGAUCCAUUGGUGAGCAAGUGAUGCAAUGCUAAUUUCUUCAGAUCCGUUUUGAUAAACAAACUCAUCUACAUCUUGGAUGACCUGAAGGGCGAAGCCAGCUAGCGAAACCGAGCGUGAAGAUGUCCAGAAACUGCUGGCACUGUGGAAGACUUGGCAGUUCGGCCUAAUAAAACCAUUCCCAAAGAGUGGAGAACGUGUCAGCGAAUUAUGAAUGAUAAACAAGAUGACCUCCUCCCUGAUGCAGCAGACGAUGAGAGGUCCUAGGUGGAACCGGGCCCUGUCCGACCCAUUGUUCGUGCUGUCACUGGCCCUGCAGCUUCUGGUGGUGGCUGGCCUGGUGCGAGCGCAGACCUGCCCCUCCGUCUGCUCUUGUAGCAACCAGUUCAGCAAGGUCAUCUGUACGCGACGUGGCCUUCGAGAUGUCCCCGAUGGUAUUUCCACCAACACAAGGUACCUGAACCUUCAGGAAAACCUCAUCCAGGUGAUCAAGGUUGACAGCUUCAAGCAUCUAAGGCACUUGGAGAUCCUGCAGCUCAGCAAGAACCACAUCCGCAACAUUGAAAUCGGAGCUUUCAAUGGGCUGGCUAACCUCAACACUCUGGAGCUCUUCGAUAAUCGUCUAACCACAAUCCCCAAUGGGGCUUUCGAGUACCUGUCCAAACUUAAAGAGCUUUGGUUGAGGAAUAACCCUAUCGAGAGUAUACCCUCGUAUGCCUUCAACCGCGUACCAUCGCUGCGAAGGCUGGACUUGGGCGAGCUGAAAAGGCUCUCGUAUAUCUCAGAAGGUGCCUUUGAAGGCCUCAGCAACCUGCGGUACCUGAACCUGGGCAUGUGCAACUUGAAGGAGAUUCCCAACCUCAUUCCUCUUGUCCGUUUGGAUGAGUUGGAGAUGUCAGGAAACCAGCUGUCUAUAAUUAGACCAGGGUCUUUCAAAGGCCUCGUCCACUUACAGAAACUGUGGAUGAUGCAUGCGCAGAUCCAGACGAUUGAGAGAAAUGCCUUCGAUGAUCUUCAGUCGCUCGUGGAGCUCAAUUUGGCCCACAAUAACCUUACCCUCCUGCCCCAUGACCUCUUUACCCCACUACACCAUUUGGAAAGGGUACACUUGCACCACAACCCCUGGAACUGCAACUGUGACAUCCUCUGGCUCAGUUGGUGGCUGAAGGAAAUGGUGCCGGCCAAUACCAGUUGCUGCGCCCGCUGCGCAUCACCUGCCAGCCACAAAGGGCGCUACAUCGGCGAACUCGACCAGAACUAUUUCCAUUGUUAUGCACCAGUGAUCGUGGAGCCACCAGCGGACCUGAACGUGACUGAGGGCAUGGCAGCAGAACUGAAAUGUCGAGCGAAUUCUUUGACCUCAGUCAGCUGGAUCACACCCAACGGGUCCAUCAUGACGCAUGGGGCGUACAAGGUACGCAUUUCCGUGCUCAACGAUGGGACGUUAAACUUUACAAAUGUCACAAUGCAGGACACAGGAACGUACACUUGUAUGGUAAGCAACUCCGCAGGCAACACAACAGCAUCGGCUACGCUCAACGUGUCCUCGACAGAGAACAGCACCUUCAGUUACUUCACUACAGUUACCGUCGAGACCACAGAAGCGGCACAUGAUGAGGGCCACCCGACGGUACAGCAGAAGAGUGGCCCCACUCCUUCUUCUGGAAUCUGGGAGACCUUACCACCUUCCUUUACCACCACUACCACGACAGCACGGACACCGUUGUCCACCAAGGCCACUGACAAGACCUACACCAUCCCGGUCACAGCCCUGAUUGAUGGCUCCCUCAACACCUUGGAUGAGGUCAUGAAGACCACAAAGAUCAUCAUUGGUUGCUUUGUGGCCAUCACCCUGAUGGCGGCCGUCAUGCUGAUCAUAUUUUAUAAAAUGCGCAAACAGCAUCACCAGCAGAACCACCACGCACCGACGCGAACCAUCGAGAUCAUCAACGUGGACGAGGAUUGUGUAACGGGUGGACCUACCAUGGAGGGCCACCUCGCCCUUCCGCCACUGGAGCAUGAGCACCUGAAUCAUUACAACGCCUACAAGACUGCGUACAACCAUGCCUCCACCAUCAAUUCUAUACACAGCUCUGCCCACGAACCUUUGCUAAUUCGGGCCAGCUCAAAAGACAAUGUACAAGAAACCCAGAUCUGAACUGCUUUUCAUAAUGGGGAUUAAACGAAGAAAAAAAAGACUUCUAAAACUCUUAAGGAACAGUAAGUGACAUAUCGAUUUUGAAGAUUGUCGAAACAAAGACACAGUAGACCGAUGCAAGACGUAUGAGAAGGAUGUUGACAGGUAGAAAAGGACAUUGGGAGUCGGGUGUACGUCAACAGUUUCAAAAGUGUCUUUACAUAACAGAAGUUAUUUAUUUAAGGAAAAUAACUAUUGUGGUUUAAUCAAGAAAAGAUGUAAUCUGCAAUUAUUUUUCCAGCAAUUAUUUCUCCAUGUUUUUUAAUGUUAUUUUAAGGGUUGUUGGUUUACUAAUAUGCUUUUAAACUCUGUUUAAAUCUAUUGCUCUGUAUGUGAGGACCCAAGUCAUUUCCAGAUGAAUCUGAAACUUCCCAUCUUUCUGAAAUCUCAAGAUUUACAUUUAAUGUUAAUACUUUCGGUCUAAAUGAUUCAUUUCACGACUCCCCUCAAUUAGAGAUAUUUGACCAUAUCACAUUAUUUAGUUAUCCUUGCUGAAAAAGAGGUUUUUACUGGCCAUUGUUGGUCUCCUAGCCUUGUCAGGUCCAUCUGUUGGCUGGUUUUAGAGGUGUUUUGGGCAAUUUUAAACUGGACAGGCUGGAAGACAAGCUUAAUUUUUCAACAGGGAUGGCUGCUACAAAUUACAUGCAGAUGUAUACCUGGCUUUUCCACCCUAAAAUUUAGAACAAGGAGCCCUGGAAACGUGUCCCCAUUUAAAACCAGGCCAAAUGUCAUGAGCACAUGUCUAUUUGAUGCAUGCAGGGCAAUUUCAAACAAUUUCUGUGCUCGGAACAAAAGAUUUAUGGAUUAAGUUAGCAUUUGGGGAUGCUCUUAAAUACAUGUUGAGGCAUCUCAAGUUUUUAAAACUGUUUUCUCCAUUUUCUUUCUCAGAGAACAUAGCAUUUUGGGUUCCUGUGGAAGUUCAUCCUUGAUACCCUACUAAAGUUUCCCAAUAUUCAUAUCACAGAUGCAGCACACUAAUUCUAAGCCAAAUUCUACAGUAUACGGGCAGGGGGCUGAAGAUUCUAGGCCUUUAUUUGAAGGCGGACAGAGUGGAAAUGUGGCAGAAGCAUAGAGCUGGUACUGACGUAGCACCAUUUCCAUUUCAAUCCAUUUGCUCACCAUGGAUACAGUCGAAUGAAUUCAUUCUGGAAUGGUCUAAAAGCCAGACACAGACCCCUAAAUAAGUGGGCAAAGUCAGUGCGGCUCAGAUCUAAGGCUUCCAAAGAUGCCACAGGUGUGUCUUUAGAGAUUCCGUGAACCGAUUGUCUUUUUUUCCCCCUUCUCGCUAGUUCUUUUUUCUUGAAUUCUUUCAUAUUCUAUCUUCCAUCAUUCUGUGCUGUCAAUCUUUUUAGACAGUUAUGCAAUUCUUUUUUAACUUUUAAAUCGUAUUCAGUCACUUUAGUUUAUUUUCGGUACAGACCGAGGAUGAUACAUCCAUCUUCGGCUUUACACACGCAAUGGCCUUUGGCUGUAGGGGGAAUGACUUGACAUUAUGAAUUAAUUUAUGAAAUCAGAAUGGCCUGAGACGGUCACUAUAGAAACCAAUGACCUUGGACGGGGUUGGGGGGAGCAGGGAGUAGCCGACAGACAUUGGCUUGACUCUUUAAAUGUAUUCAGAGUCAAAUGGGAGAGCGAGGCUGGGUGAAAGAGCCAAAGUGGACUCAUUUGAAGUGCAUCAUUUAAUCUAUAAAGCAAUCUAGAGGUCUAUAGGUUAUCUGAAUUAAACCAGUAAACCUGUGACAUUUUAUUCAGAUUCGUAGCUUUCGUUUUGGAUAUUCAUAAUUCAUGCAAAGCGCACAGGGGACUGACAAGGGGAUUUUUCUCUCGCGUUUCUGGUCUUAAUACAGAUGCCGACUGAUACCAUGUGGCAUUUGGUGAACUUUUCCGUAUCAUAUUUUGAUCACACACCAGAUGCACUCUGAUUUUUAAAGAUCUAAUGCAAUUACGCUUGUCAGCUUUGCUAUUUCACAUCAUUACGAAAAGUUUUUGAGCGUACCUCCUGCCCACUAGAAGCAAAGGCCAUCUGGUACAUUUUCUAAUCAAGAUAUCAAAGCGUGCAAAAAAAGACUGUUCUUCAUCUGAAUAUGCUGCUCUUUCAAAUCUCAGUUCAUUUCCUUGUCUUUCUGGAUUUAGUUUGCGUUGUCACUGAAAUUGAUGUCAAUCCGAACAUGAAGCGAAAACAAAAUUCUUAGCGUCAAUGGAGUUUAGCACAAAAGUAAACCAAGUCAUUGGGUUUUCAGUUGCGUUUUAUUUAUUUUAAGGAUUUGAAUCAUUGUCUUAAAUUGUUAUAAUUUUUGAAAAAGGUCUUUGUCGUUUUUUAUAAUAUGAUCAAUUUUUUUGACUUAUUGUGAUUUUAUUUUUUUCUGUAUGUUUGUUCGGUCCCAUCAUGCAAACACAUCUGUGUUUUGGGUUUCAGUUUAGGAGUGAACGAGAUGCUUUUCUCUCUGUUUCACGUAACUUCUUUCUUUUCGUCUCUGAGAGGGAAUGCUGUUCUAGUGGUAGAUUUCUAUAAAAAUACAUUUUGAAAAUAAAAACAAAAAAAAGAAAAAAACAAACAAAAACUUUUUAAACUUUAAUUUUACAUGUGCCAACCUGUUCUAAAAGAUUUAAAAAAAGAGAGCGAGAUAUGCUGUAAAAGACGACUGGAUUGAUUUUCAUGUAAACAUUAUUUCAUGACCUUUAAAAAAAAGAUGGAGAUCGAUUAUAGAAAUCAGAGUUUGUAGUUCAUACACAAGAUAAGGUUACAAAUAAACUAUCAUUGUCUUUUCUC